AUGUUUUCAAAAAAUAUUUUAAUUAUUAAUUUCAUACUAAUAUGCUGUCAUUGUUUAAUAUUUAUUCACACUGAACACUUGACACGUUAUCAACGUUCAUUAGGUAUGAAAAAUAUCAAAUUAUGGCCAAAUGGAAUUGUCCCAUAUAUUAUUGAUGAUAUUGACAAGUCGAAAUCUAAGGAUUAUAGUGAAAUGUUUUCAGAAGUCGACGUCUUGUUAAUCAAAAAGGCUAUAUCAAUUAUUGAGGCAGAAACAUGUAUACAAUUUCAAGAUAUGACUUCAAGAAGAAAUACACGCAAUCUAGUAGAUAGGCAUUUGAUACGAAUAAGAGGUCGUGGGCAAAGAGGUUGUUAUUCACACUUGGGUGUAGCGCGCAAUAAGAAUCAAGUUCUUCGCUUGGGUCCUACUUGUCGAUCUGUUGGUCAAAUUCUACAUGAACUGCUUCAUGCAUUAGGUGUAAUGCAUGAAAUUAUGAGACCAGAUCGUGAUCAAUAUGUGAUUCUGCAUGAAGAAAACAUUGAUAAAGCAUAUUUACCAGAAUUUAUGAAGAUUAAAGAUCAUCAGUCAAUUUUAGCCGAUCGUCCAUUUGACUUUCAAUCCAUCAGUUUAUAUGAUCCAUUUACAUUUACAUCAAACGGUAAUCCAGUAUGGGAGCCAAUUAUCAACUCAGAUGAUAUACCAUUGUUUUCAAUUAGUGAGAAAUAUUUAUCCUUUGAAGAUACAGUUGGCUUAAAUCGAUUGUAUCAGUGUGAUAAAAACUGUUCUAAUCAAGACGGACCUUGUAAACCAGGAGAAUUCAGAAAUAAACAUUGUAUCUGUCAAAAUGCAUCACAAUACGCUUAUGAAAGAUGUCAUGAUGAUGUUAAUCAGACUGCAUACUGUAGUAAAGCAAUCAGUGAAAAUAAAUGUUACGAUGAAGCACGAUAUGCUAUACCUUAUUGCAGACGUACAUGUGGAAGAUGUUUUCGAGCAGGGUCAAUGGGAAUAUCAACACCUCCAAAAAAGGGUAAGUAUGCUUAA